AUGACCCCUGCUCACUUUGCAUUUUCAUCAGCUUUCAUACUAGGCCUAGCCGGCCUUGCCUUCCACCGAACCCAUUUUAUUUCAGCCCUAUUAUGUUUAGAGGGAUUAAUACUCUCUUUAUUUAUUGCAUUAUCCCUAUGAACUCUUCAAUUUGACUCAAUAAAUUCUGCAUCCAUACCUAUGAUUCUCCUGGCCUUUUCCGCCUGCGAAGCCGGCACAGGCUUAGCCCUCUUAGUAGCCACCACUCGCACUCACAGCACUAAUCGACUUAAAAACCUAAAUCUCCUACAAUGCUAA